UGUUUGUUGUUUUCGUUCAGCAGAAUGGGCAGUCAGUACCAGCGCUCAGUAGCACUUGAGGUGAGGAGAGCAGAGGGAGAGAGAGUUCGGGCCAAGCAUCCAGACAAGAUACCGAUCAUUGUGGAGAGGGCCCCGAGGUCACGAGCUCCUGAACUGGACAAGAAGAAAUAUCUAGUGCCCUCAGAUCUAACAGUGGGCCAGUUGUGCUUCCUGAUCCGCCAGCGUGUGUCUUUAAGACCCGAGGAAGCACUCUUCUUCUUUGUCAACAACUCCCUCCCCCCAUCCAGCUCCCCUCUCUCAGCUGUAUAUGAGGAGCACCAUGAAGAGGACUUGUUUCUCUACUUGACCUACAGUAAUGAGAGUGUGUACGGUGCCUGAGGGAGGACAAAAGACUGGAGAAAGUGAGAGAGAGAGAGAGGGAAUGAGACUGUCAGAGGGAUAAAGAGUUAAGCUGUUUGUAAUGCUUCACACCACUUUCGAUCUCUAUAUUAGUUUUGAUAAGUAACUACAGUACAUGGUGGAAGAAAAGCUUUGCACAAGGCAGAGGGGUCAGUAUUUUGGGGUGAGCAAAAUGUGUUUUAGAACAGACGAGGGGUGAAAAGAAAGAAUGAAAGCAUCUAUCGCAAAAGGAAGUUAUUGAAAUUAUGUUGACAGUUCUCUCAUAAUCUUUCUCAGUCUGCUGUAUUUAAUGCAAAUAGUUUUUUUUUGUAAAUUAAUAUCAUAAACCUUUGUGGAAAAUAAAGAUGAAAAUGCAUACA